AUGAGCUUGAACCAGUCUCAAGGACUAAACAACACUUCGUCGGCACCAUCGCUCCCACUGGCAAAUAGCGCUGCUCCCUCCAGGACGAACGCGCACGCCACCCAGACACCCGAUUCCGAGUUCGCCUCAGCGCACCAUGGGAAUUCGCCCUCAACGACUUCAAACACAGUGAACGGCAAAUCAUCCAUGCAGAAUCAGCAACCUUCCGGGGUGACCAUCGUGAAUGGCGCUCCCCCCGUCCAUGCGGCGGACCACAGCAGAAAACAAUCAGUGACCAUCAGCUCUGCUGGAACCACUGGCUUCAUCCCGAAUGGUGGACCGGCUGGUAACCCAAAUCGCAACAGCAUUCAGUUUGGAUCGGUAGAUCAGCAGAGUUCGCCUGCCAUGGGUUCUCCUGCUAUUCCCGCGAGCCAGCCUCAUACUAAUCUCAACGUCGCACCUGUGAACCCCCGUGUCACCUCGCCUUCGUCUUCUCCUUCGCCUAUUCCCCAGCCCGCGUCUAGCGGCGGCCGGCCGCCGUCUACAUACCAAGCUCCGGGUAAUGCGCCUAACUUUGGCAGUUUCGGCGACGCCUCAGGAGACGCUCGACAGAUGCGAGUGAACCAGAACAAUCUUGGUCCUGGUCCUCAAGCAACCCACCUUCGUCGUGAAUCGUCUCAGUCUCAACACAGCGAUAUGGGUGGCCACAUCCCCGGUGGCCCAGGUGGUCCAGGUCCAGCUCGCGGCGGCUACCAAGGUGGUCGCGGUCGUGGAUACUCUGGAUCCGGAUAUCAGAACCAAAUGGGCUACUCGUCUGGUCCCAACUUCCGAGGCACACCAAACCAACGAGGUGGACCUCAAAUGGCUGCUCCAUUUCACCCACCCGCCCACGGACGCCCCAUGGGCUACCCCAGUUCUCCUCAUCAAGCGAAUCGAAGCCCAGCCAUUGCGAACGCCAACCCCGUCACGCCACAAAUGAGCCAUGUACCUAUGCAACAUCAGCAAAUGGCCAAUCAACACUACGGUGGUUACAACCAGCACAUGGGACCCCAAAAUGUGAGAAACCGUAAUCCUUCAUCUUCCCUCCAUAGCAAUAAACCCUGGAGAAACAAGAAAAUGGACCCAUUUCAGAAGAAUGCGUUCAAGCAGAAGAAAUUGCAAAGGACCCAAAGCGAUGAGUUUUCUGCUCCUGUUUCCAAACCCCCUCCUACCCUUUACUCCGUGGACCUUCCCCUCCUCCCUGCAUUUCGUCAAAGUUCCCUAGAUAUUUCCCCAGGCACUGGUGAUUUCGAAAAAGCUCUAACAAUUGUGAAAAACCAGAAUUACCCCCACGGUGGUUAUGACCCCAACAGCGGUUACUACUAUCCCGCAUACGGAGUUCAGCAAAAUAUGUACAUGCCCCCUUCGCCUCAGCCUCGACCCGGUGUUCCCUACGGCCAGCCCGGUCAAUUUAUGCCAAACCAGUUCCCCGCCGGAACCAUGCAGCCGUCGAUGCAGUCUACGCCGCUCUCGAGAAGCACUUCUCAGAUUUCGAACGAUCGUCCCGGCUCGAGCCUCGGUCAGGGUCCUGCUCCAGCAGUCGCCUCAACUCCAGGUCACUCUCACACUGAAAGCAGAACAUCCAAUAGCCCGGCUCCUCAAAAGAACCACUUCAUCAUCCCCACGCCCAAGAAAAGCGCGAUCGUGAUCAAGGAUCCCAACAGCGGUGCCGUCAAGUCGUUCGAGAAAGCGCCAGCCUCGCCUGCUCGUGCUACUCCUUCGCCCGUCAAGGGCUCAGCCCCUACGCCUCCUCCCCGUGCCGCUAGCGGUAUCGAUCAUGCGCGUACCGAGAGCAAGUCGGUGAAGACUGACGAGGAAAAGAAGAAGGAACUCCGCGAUGCUGUCCGAUUGAAGAUUGAACAGGAAGAGGCCGAGCAACGUCGCAAGGAAGAGGAUGCUCGUAAGGCGAUUGAGAACCUUGCUAUUGCUGACAAGGAAGAUAGCAAACCGAAGGCCGAGCCCGCUGAACCUGCCAAGGAAGAAGCCAAGCCCAAGGUUGAGGAGCCUAUCGAGAAGAAGCCUGAGGCGAAGGCUGCUCCUGCUCCUGCCGCCGAUGAGAUAGACUUUGAUGCUAUCGAGCGCGAAAUGGCCGAAAUUGAGGCUCGGGAAGCCGCUGCUGAAGCCGAGUACCAGAAGAAGAAGCAGGCUCAGAAGGAAGAGGCUGACCGCAAGAAGAAGGAGGAAGAGGAAGCCUAUGAGCGCAACAUGAAACAGGCCGAACGAGAAGCCGAGGCCAUCGAAGAAGCUCGUAUCAAGAAAUUGGAAUCUGGCGCUGCUGCGGACGAAGACAGCUCCAAGCUUUUUGCAUCUUUGCGCAAGAACGGUCUUCCUGACAGCGAAACCCCUGCUGCUCAGACUCCGGACGACAGCGGUGCUGCGACGCCUGUGUCGCAGUCCGAUGCUUCGAUGGGCCCUCCAUCCAAGCCUGCUAGCGUCAGCAAGGCCAAGCCCGGCCCUCUUAAGCUCGAGACCAAGCCUGUCGAGCCACCUCAGCCCAGCGCAGCUCUGAAGUCUCUGCACAGCGCCAAGUUUUUGGACAGCCUUGCCAUUACAUAUCCCGCUUCAAUCGCCUCUCCUAAUCCCGCCUUGAACGCCAAUGCUCCAUCGGAUCGCAAAUUCAAGUACAACAAAGAGUUCUUACUUCAAUUCCAGAAUGUCUUCAAAGAGAAGCCUACUUUGGACUGGGACCUCCGUGUUCGCGAGACUGUUGGUGACAGUGGCGAUUCUUCACGACCACAGUCUGCUCGUACUCCUGGCACUGGUCGUCAAACUUCUCGAGGUGGAAUUCCGUCCACUUUCAAGAUGGGCAACUUUGGCGGAGGUACACCUUCCGUUGGAGCUCCCAGGGAUGGUUUCCCCAAUCCUCCUGGUCGCAUGCCAUCGAUGGGCAGCGGUCCAUUUGGCCCAUUCGGACGUCCUGGCUCGAUGGGUCCUGGUUCAAUGAGUCGCCCUGGCUCCUCUGCUGCCAUCCACAAUGUGCCUCAAUCGCCUCGCCCAGGUUCCAGCAGGAAUACUACCCGCACAGGUAGCAGACGCGACAAACAAAGCUCCAAGAAGGAGGAAGAGACCAACAAGUCCAUGCCUCUUACCGCAGGCCUUUCUCUCAAGCCUCUUGAAGUGUCUCAAACUGGUUGGAAGCCUCGAAGCGUUGGCCAAGCCACUGCCGGUCCUACUCCAGGUGGUGAAACCGACUAUCUUGCUCCUGAUGUCGUUCAACGUAAGGUCAAGGCCAACUUGAACAAGAUGACUCCUGAAAACUUUGAUCGUAUCUCCGAGCAGAUUCUCAUUAUUGUGUCUCAGUCCAAGCAUGAAUCUGAUGGUCGUACUUUGCGUCAAGUCAUUCAACUUACCUUCGAGAAGGCUACUGACGAAGCUCACUGGGCUCCUAUGUACGCCAAGUUCUGCAAGCGUAUGCUUGAGAGCAUGAGCCCCGAGAUCAAGGACGAAAACAUCAAGGACAAGGCCGGCAACGUCGUCGCAGGUGGCAGCUUGUUCCGCAAGUACUUGUUGAAUCGUUGUCAAGAAGAAUUCGAGCGUGGAUGGAAGGUCAACCUGCCACCCAAGCCCGAAGGUGAAAGUGAAGCCGCCGCCCUCUUGUCUGACGAAUACUACAUUGCCGCUGCUGCCAAGCGUCGCGGUCUUGGUCUCGUCAAGUUUAUUGGUGAGCUGUACAAGUUGGGCAUGUUGACUGAGCGUAUUAUGCACGAGUGUGUCAAGAAGCUUGUCGAUUACGAGGGUAUUCCCGACGAGGCCGAGGUGGAGAGUUUGACCAGUUUGCUGCGAACCAUCGGUGCCAGCUUGGAUGUAUCUGAAAAGGGUCAUGCUAUGAUGGAUGCCUACUUUGGUCGUAUUUCUCUGAUGAUGGAGACUCCUGGCCUGCCCAGCCGUCUCAAGUUUAUGCUUAUGGAUGUCGUCGACUUGCGUUCCGCCAACUGGGUAUCCAAGAAUGGCGACAAGGGUCCCAAGACUCUUACCGAGAUUCGCGAAGAGGCCGCCCGCGCUCAGCAAGAAGCUGAAAUGGAACGUCUCCGCCAACAAGCCAGCCGAGGCGGUGGCCGUAUGCCCAUGGGCCGCGGCGACGCACGCAACUUCUCUGGUGACUACCGCAACCAAGCACCUCCACCAGACUUUGCCUCCAGCAAGGUCGGCAGCGACGACCUGCGUCGUCUCAAGACAUCGCGCACACUCAACCAGCCUGCCUCCUUCGGACCAUCCAGCAUGUUCGGCUCGCGCAGCAGCAGUGGUCGCAAGAACCUUGGCCCUGGCGGCAAUCUGGUUCGAGGCGGCGAAGACAGCGGCGCUAGCAGCCGCACCGGUACACCUCCAGCCGGAAAGAAGGAAGAGAAGGAGGCCGUAUCCUCCCUUAACGCAUUCAGCGCCCUUGCCGCUUUAGACGAUAAUAUGGCAACAUCCCCGCCCUCAAACCCGACCUCUCCCGAACUAACCAAAUCGCAACCCGUAAAGAGCGAAGGAGAAACAGCAUAG